AUGGAGAAGUGGGUGUCGCUUGUGGUCUCACUACAUCAAUUACUAGCCGUUGGUCCCUCGGUCAGGGCUUGGGACCACUAUCGCGAGGAUCAAAACGAACGGCAAGCGAUAGCGGUAUGUAAACCUUGUAAAUUUAAUCCGAAAAUCGAGAAUAUUGAGGCGGGGGGAAAUUAUAGACUAUAUUAUAUCAAGCGUGUCGGUGUCGUCCUCCGUAACAAUGGCGACGGCACAGCACGAAAGAGGGCGCGAAUAUAUCAGAAAAUACUCACCCAUGUAGUUGCUCUGCCAGAUGUAAGCAAGAUGAAGGGCAUUUUACCGGCUGGAAGAUGGCUGGCAAAGACACCAAGUUUAGAAACCUUCCGUCUAAAACCCCGCCCAAAAGAUUAUCAUCGCAGGAUGCAUCGAUCUAAAGUCGGAACAACAAACACUGGACCCCACGAGAGCCACUUGGAACAUAGUAUCAAGGCAAAUCCUUUAUACACGUGUUGUUCUUUGGGUUCUGAAUCGUCUACAUUCCAGGGUGAGGUGGAAAAGGAAAAGGACCCCAAUUAUUCACUCGAUGAGAUGAAUAUCGGUGUUCGGGGUUCAGACGUUAGAUUCAGAGAUACUGGUAGCUAUACACAUUUGAUAUCUUCCAGGCCCCCCUCCUGUAAACCAAUCUUUGAUAUUCGAGCUAUUCAUAUGACAAGGGGACAAUACCCCGCGCAUACGGAAAGCUCUCAAGCGUUUAACAGGCCUCAUGUGUGCCGACUGCAAAUUACAUGUAUUUUCAAACGCAUCCGAUUGAGUUUGAAGAAGCUUCAAGCGCCCUUUAAGCUAGGGACUUCGACUCCUCAUCCCCAGCUAAAAAUCGAAUUGAGAUAUGGGUUGAAUGCACGAGCAACAAAGACAGUGCAGCGCGGCCCACCUUGCGUUGAGCACACUGAUGUAAAGCUUCUUUCCAUCACUCCAUUUAGGACUAGGGGAUUGACGACAACUAGCCAGGCCGCGGCAUUAGUGAUUCCAGCGGAUAUCACUGUAUGCUCCGUAAGACUCAAAUCGGAUAAUUCAGAAACAGCAUUCUUCUAUGAGCAUGCAAGUCUUAGAACGAUCAUUUUAGCGUUCCCUCGAAUCUAUGCGCCGUUUAACUUUUGUAGUUGCAGAUACUUUGGGAAAGGCAUGCGAAUGACUCAUAUGUACAUGCAAGGUUUAUCAUUCUGGAAAAUUGGCUGCGAUGACGGAUUGAAAGGCUGUACGAAAGAAAUCAACAUCCGCAGAGGGGGAAACAACUCGGUCCCAGGAAUCGUUGUUGAUCCAAUCGCACUGCUUUCGACUUACCAGAUAGAUUGCGUAGAUUAUCGGCUCCGCCUCCGGCUGGAAUGGGACGGACACACUGUCAUGGCUAGUAGCCAACUAGAUGAAGUUCUCGCUAGUAGCCAUAUGGCAGCAUUAAUCGAUUAUCGAUGCAUAGAUCCGAGGGUCUGGCUCCUCGAACCACGCCACCGAAGAAGAUUUCCGAUUCAGCAGAAUUUGGACGCCACCCGCUUAAACACGGUUGGAAUUUUCAACCAUGACUUCGUGGAUUUUGACAUUGGAUGGGGGCUAGAGUCAGACCCUCCCCACAGGGAAUCAUUUGAUGGUAUUGAUGAGCAACUGUCAGCUGAAGCUAUUCCAAGAAGAUGGAGGUUAACCAACGAUAUACUAUGCAACAAGGAGAGCCUCACUUGUACUAUGCGAGCGGGUAAGGUAUUAGUCCCUUAUUUCGAUGUCGAAUUCGCUGGUAAAUGGAUCUAUUUCGGGGUCGAGGAUGAUGCCAGUGCUGAUGUACACAUGGGGCCUAAUGUUAUCGCGGGAGUGAGCCACAUUUCCAUUUGGAGACGUGCCUAUCUUUUGAUUCGCUGGUAUGUUGAAGCGGUUAUCGGAGAGAAGCAACGAGGAGAUGACAUCUCGUAUCAGGAUGGCAAAGAAGCUCAAGGAAAUACGGGCUCAAAGAGACCCAUAAUUCGCACCAAGACUAGAGAUGUGACACAAGUAUCGGAACAGAAGAUCCAUGAUUCUUUUGCGGUAGCCACUACAAGGCCGCCAAUACACACCCUGACACGUGUAUUUAAUCUGAUUGGGAAUGACUUUGAUAUACAUGGAGCUGGCUGUGUUCAUGAAACAAAACGUGGAGAGGAGGGAUUAUUGAUAGCAGUCAGAUGGCUAUCGCGCCUAUCGAUAGAUCGGUCUGAUGUUGGAAGGCCUUCACUAGUGGUGGUAAGCAUGGGGCUUGGCUCGGUGAAUGUGGGGUUCCGAUUCCGAAUGCCAAGCCACACUGCCCCAUCAGAUGAGGCCCAACUUUCUCACACCUCAUUGCUAUUUUCGCCUGUUAAGACACCGCAACACCAUCGCGACAACACUGCCCGAGUCUAUCGCGGCGACCUCCUGCCAAGAGAUGAAUGUUCAGCUUCUAGAUGGGCUCCACUUAGGCCCUGGUGGAAGGGCGGAGCACCAGCCACCGGAACAACGUCAAUACUACCUGAGGCGUUCUCCGCUCCGCUGAGCUCAACGGUCCUGUACUUGGACAUGACGUCCUGCAUCACUCGCUUGACUGCUGCACAGCCGUCCUUAUCCCGCUUGUGGAUGCCUAUCCGCACAACUCUGGCCUCGCCACCGAAUAUGCACCGCUCUUUCAAGAGUCUUAAUGCAGGGAGGCGAACGUGCUUUCAAUUUAAGAUAGAUGAGCGCGCGCUCCGGGUCCCCGUUGGUCAGGGUUCCGUCCCAGCUUCCUGGUGGAUAGGAGACCCAGCUCUCACGCGACUUUUUAUACGCCUCCCACGGAACAUUGCUGCUCCCGGUGAGGUUGAUGUACCCGUGUGGGGAAGCGCGAAUUGGACGAGGACUAAUCAUGAUCGACCAAGAACUGACAGGCUAAGGAUCGCCAUCUCGUUCCCAGCCUCUCUUGGCUGUGAAAAACGUCUCCCGUCAACCACAGUCAGGAAGGCUUUCGUCGUUGCCGCUGCGUCUAAGCCAGCAUCCACGUUCUGCGGCCUUUACCGCUCUCGUAUUCUGACCAUCCGAAAGAGGCCGGAAGAUGGCAUCGUUCCUGAAUCGGGCGUCGUACCUCUCCCAUGCUACAGCCGAGUUACUUGUGAAAACCAUGGCGAUCUGAGCGGGUCUCCAAGCUUCCACCUACGCCCCUCUGAAAACGAGCGUGUGUUUGGACCCCCGCCUUUGAGGUAUCCUGCGCCUCGACAAAAUGUUCUCACGGCCAGAGCGCAUGCUCAACAACCAUCAUUCGGCACAUACGCCGGCUUUCAAAUGAAACAACUAGUAUUCGAUAAAAUUCUGUGGUAUUGGGAACAGCUUGUCACUCUAGCGCCGGACGUUUUCCAGAUAGUACUCUCUUUGGCUACGGCUCUACCACUUCUCCAUCAUCAAUUCAUGCCUGUUUUGCAUAAAUCUAAACCAAUUUGCCACGACACGGACUCUAAGCCCACCCCGGCUUAUGGGGACCCGAACCAGUAUCAACCCGAAUUUCGAGACAGCGCCCUGACUACCACGAUUUUCCCUCCGGCUGAACUAACUGUCUGGCCUGCGCCAUCUAACAAUAGCCAAAGCAGCUUACUCGGAGGUUCUCCCGGCUUCUGCACGCCAUCAAUCCUCGGGAUGAUGGACGCACCAACCAGGAAAAGGAACAACCGCAGCUCCACUCCCUUCCUCACAUCCGGUACGGACCAAGCUUCCACCAAGGCAGGCACUCGACCCCCUACAAAUAUAGAAGGCUCGCCUAUCCCCCAAGACUCAUUUCAGUUUCAACUCCAAUCCAGUCUCUCGGCUCCUUCCCACAUAUCAAUAGACAACCCCUCUACAUCUCACCGACAUCUUAAUAGAGGACCUCAUCCCCUUUCAAGGAGCAGACUGCCAAAGACAAAGACUCUCGUUGACCACCUCUUCGUCGCUUCUCUUCAACCUGCGGGUUACGAGCCAUCCCCCCAGUCAAGUCAUCCUACGGCUCUAUCGAUCUUCUCGGUCGUUACUAUUUAG